UAUGAUUGUCAUAUUGAAAUAAAAUAGCCGAAAAUAGAAAGCUGGGGUACAACAUUACUGCCAGCCAGGUGAUAAUUAGAAGUGGGUAGAACAUUUCAGAAUUGUUAGGAGUCUGUUACAACAAACGCAAUAUAUCUCUGAGGCUCGUAGCCUUCGAAACCCUAAUCCUUGAAGCAAGCAUAUAUAGGCGCAGAUUUGUUUGGUGUGCAUAGAGAGAGAGAGAUGGGGGCUUACAACAGUAAAGCAGAAGCAGCUGUCUACGCAAAGACGCAUGGCGAUGAUGAGGAAUCACUCAAACAGAACAAAGAGGAGGUGAUGAAAACCAUUGAUCAUGAGGAUCUCGUCUUUGACAAGACUCCGCUGUCUAUCGGUUCGGCUCAUAGCUACGAUGAAAUGUGGGUGGAAAUCCCAAAGAACACCGCCAUCCCAACCAAGAAGUUCGAGUUCGUCACGUUCACCGCGAGUGACAACCAGGAAACCAUGGCGAUAGCGUUUUACCAAGGUGAAAGAACAAGGGCAAGUGACAACAAACUUCUUGGUGCCCUAGAGUUCAAGGGUAUCCCGCCCGCUCCCAGGGGCGUUGCAAAGAUCACGGUCUCCGUCGACAUCGAUGCCAAGGGCAACCUGAACGUGUCUGCCGAGGACAGGUCGACCGGCCGGAUGGAGACCAUGAGCAUACCGGGCGUCGGGGUCAGAGGAAAGCUUUUGUCGGCGGAGGAGGUGGUGGAGAUGGCUCGACAAGGAGAGAAGCACAAGUCGGAGGAUGACGAGUACCUGAUGAAGGUGAUUGUCAUGAAAGUGAUGAAGGAGUAUACAAUGAAGAUCAGAGAAAAUGCGGCGGCGGGAGCCUACUCCCGAAAAGCGGAAGACGAAUUUAGGGUUGUGGCUGAAAAGAUGCUGGACGAGCUUAAGGAGAAGGCGAAGGAUUUUGGAUUGGAAGGUGAUGCAUGUGUAAAACCUAGCUAGCUCAUCUGAUUGAAAUGAAUUAAUAGAUCGUGGUCGGUACGUAGUUAGGGAAAUGGAUUUUGCUUUUGCUUAUUCGAACUAUUUCUAUUUGUUCUUCUUUUUUGCUUCGUCGGUUCAUUUUAUAGUGUCUGAAAUCCGAUUAACUCCUUGGCUUGUUUAGUGCGAAUGGUAAUUUCAAAGUUUCUUCUUGUUAGUAAUAACAAUCAAUGCAAGGGUAGAUGAUGAUGACAACAACAACAAGAUGGGAAGAAGUUACGUACCUACUGCUAGGGGUGGCUAUACGGUCCGGUCUGGUUAAAUUGGUCCAAAUUGAUUCAGUCCAGUCCGGUCUUUUUGAAAAUAUAAUGACCAAAGAUUG